UUUCGUAGGGCCCGAGACUCGAUCGAACAAACACACUUCUCAAAUCGAAAGAUGGCACUGGACAAGGCCAAGCCGAUGUCGUUGCCGACUAUGAAAAGUGAGGAGGAGGAGGAGUUGGAGGACGAGGAGGAGGCGGAGGCGGAGGCGGAGCUGGUGCCGGCGGAGGAGGAGCUGGCGCGAACCAACAGCAGCGAACAGAGCAGCGACAGCGAUGGCAGCGAAAUCUUUAGCGAUUCGGAUGCUUACCGCAACUUGCCCAGCUUCGAGCAGCUGGAACAGGUCGAGGAGCAGCUGGAGGAGGAGGAAGAGGAGCAAGAGCAACAGCAGCAGCAUAUGGAGUUUCAGUAUAGCCCACUCAAUGGCGACUCGGACAUGGACAGCGAGCUGGAGAACUCGAGCAAUGAGUCUGUGGCGCUGCUCGCGCACGAAAUGCUCUGCUGUGAGACAGACAGCGACAAGGACGAAGCUGAGGCUGAGCACGAUGCACGAGAGGAGCAGGCGGAGCAAUAUGAGCAGGAGGAGGAGGAAGAGCAGGACGAGGAGGAGGAGGAGGAAGACGAAGACAUCAGCAGCUAUACAGAGGCGCAGCACAACUAUGCGCUGCUCAUGUGCAGCGAGGAUGACGACGAUCUUGAGCUAGAGCAACAGCAGCAGCAGCAGCAGCAACAGCAACAGCAGCUGCAGCUCGAUCCCAAGCACACGCUCAAGGAAAGUGGAAAUGAGUCCCUGCUGCUGCUCGCCGACCAGCAGGAUCUGUCGCAACUAGCAAUCGAAUCGAAGCUUGAAUGCAAAGCUGACAAAUGAAUUAAAUGAAAA